GAAAUAUCCUCAGAAAUGGGUUUUUCUCCCAUAAACCCUCGUUCUCCCAAAACCCUAACACCAUCUUCGGCCUCUAAAUCUCAGCCCAAUCAAACCAGGUGAGUCAUAUUCUUCACUCUCAUAUACCUUUAUCUCAUAUUUCUUUGACAUUUUUCUCUAUAUUUUUCUUCUGUAAUCCUAUAAACAAUCUUGUCAUGGACACCAAGCUCUUGAUAUCUUCAUCCAAAGCCUCACCAUCCACUGUUUUACCAUUCUUUCUCUCAUACAAGUCAUCUUUCUUUGAGAAGCCUAAAGUUUCUGUAAAAUCCCAUCUUUCGUUUACUCCAAAUCACACACAAAAGACGCCAUUUUUGGGUGGAAGUUUGGUUUUGCGAGAGAGGGUUGAUUGUUUGAGAAAUUUGAGAAAAACCCACGUUCCUGUUGGGCCAAUAAGAGCUGCAGUGAAGAGAAGAAAAGAGCUUCCAUUCGAUAAUGUGGUUCAAAGGGACAAGAAGCUGAAACUGGUUUUGAAGAUUAGGAAGCUUUUAGUGAGUCAACCAGACCGAGUUAUGUCUCUUAGGCAGUUGGGUAAGUAUAGAAGAGAAUUGGGUCUCACGAAAAAGAGAAGAUUUAUUGCUCUGUUGAAGAAAUUCCCUGCAAUAUUUGAGAUUGUGGAAGAAGGGGUUUAUUCACUUAAGUUCAAGUUGACGCCAGAAGCGGAGAGACUUUACUUGGAGGAGUUGAAGAUUAGGAAUGAGAUGGAGGAUUUGUUGGUUGUCAAGUUGAGGAAGUUGUUGAUGAUGUCGAUGGAGAAGCGGAUUUUAUUGGAAAAGAUUGCUCAUUUGAAGACUGAUCUUGGGCUUCCUUCAGAAUUCCGCGACACAAUUUGUCAACGGUACCCGCAAUAUUUUAAGGUUGUGCAGACUGAAAGAGGGCCAGCAUUGGAAUUGACCCAUUGGGAUCCUGAGCUUGCAGUUUCGGCUGCAGAGAUUUGGGAGGAAGAGAAGCGAGUUAGAGAGCUUGAAGAAAGAGACUUAAUUAUAGAUAGGCCACCAAAGUUUAAUAGAGUAAAGCUACCAAAAGGUCUUAGUCUUUCCAAGGGUGAGAUGAGAAGGCUUUCUAGGUUUAGAGACAUGCCUUAUAUAUCCCCAUAUUCUGAUUUCUCAGGACUGAGGUCUGGUUCGUCUGAGAAAGAGAAGCAUGCAUGUGGGGUGGUUCAUGAGAUGUUGAGUCUUACAGUUGAAAAGAGAACUCUUGUGGAUCACCUUACCCAUUUUAGGGAGGAGUUUAGAUUCUCCCAGCAGCUGAGGGGGAUGUUGAUAAGGCACCCCGACAUGUUCUAUGUUUCUUUGAAAGGGGACAGGGACUCAGUUUUCCUCAGGGAAGCUUACAGUGAUUCUCAGUUGAUAGAGAAGGAUCGGUUGUUGGUUAUCAAGGAGAAGCUCCGUGCUCUUGUUUCUGUUCCCAGAUUUCGAAGGAGGGGUGCUCCCAGAAGCGAUGCAGAUGUGGUGGAGGGAACUGAUGAACAGGAACAUGGAAGUGGUGAGGAGGGAGAAGAAUGGUCAGAUGUUGAUAAUUUAAUGGGUGAUGGAUUAGAUGAUGAUGAUGAUGAUGACGACGACGAUGAAGAAGAUGACUGGAGUGAUGAAGAUGAUAAUACACCUCCUGAUUUUGAUGAAGAUGAUGGAACCAUGAAGUUUGAAUUGAACAAAGAAGUUAAGCAGGUUGAUAACUUGGGGAAGGAUGAAGAGAAAGUGCUUGUUCCCAUGUUCCCUGAUGGUCGACCCAGAGAACGCUGGUAAAAAAACCUUAUAAAAUUGCCACAGCCUAGACUUAGUGAGACCUGAAUGCCUUUUUAUGAUAUGCAAGGGGGGUUGAAGAAUGAAGUUUUAUUCCUUUAUGAGCCACUGCAUCCUUUAACAGUAUAACUCCUGGGUCUUCAUUCUCACAUUUUAAACUCCAAUGAAGUGCAUCAGAAAAAUGAGAACCUUGAAGACAGAUUUCUUCACUUCAACAACAAUGUAAGAGAACUCAAGACCUUACUUCCAUAUUUAUGAAAGCUUUAAGCUGAAAGGUUAUGAGAAUGAUAAACAAGUUUAGCUUAUUUUUGUUAGUGUGUAACAGUUUGUUCCCAUUUGUUAAUACAAUGUGCUAUUGAUGGCCUUUGACAGCACUAAACAAAAAGGUUUGUGUGAAUGAUACGAGAUUCGGCUUCGUUGUUGAAUUAUGUAAUAGUUUGUGCUUAGUGUUAAGUGUUUUUCCUUCUUUUUUU